AUGGGUACCCGCCACCUCAUCGUCGUCGUGUACAGGGGCCGCUGGUGGAUCGCCCAGUACGGCCAGUGGGACGGCUACCCCGAUGUCGUCGGGUUCCAGCUCGUCGGCAUCCUCGCCGCGCCGGGCUUCCCCGACGAGCUCCGCGCCGGCCUCCCGCACACGUACGAGCCCGACGAGAACACGCUUCGGCACCUGCUGGACGACGCGCAAGAGGCCAGCCAGAUCCUCGACCACCUGCCGGCCUUCGACCCCGCCACCCAAGAGCUGCGCGACUCCCAGUUCCAGGUGUUCCGCCGCGACCCGCUCAACCACUACGCCCCGGAGCUCCUCGACAUGGUGCCCUCGGUGCACCGCGACACGAGCGCCGCCGUGCUCGUCCUCGCCGCCCGCGCCACCGCCGAGAAGCCGCUGCCCCUCCAGCUGCAGCCCGAGUUCGCCAACGACGGCCUCUUCUGCGAGUGGUCCUACGUCGUCGACCUCGACGCCGACCUCCUCGAGGUCUACGAGGGCGCGUCGCGGAAGACGCCCGGCCACCGCUUUGCGAACGUCGGCCCGGAAAAUGCCUCGGUGCCGACGUUUAUCACCUCGGUGCCGUUUACGCGUCUCAACACCUACAGAGACGACCGGGGUGCGUUUGUCGCCAUGAUCAACGAGGAAAUUGACGCCAUUAACCGCCGCAGGGCCGAGAGCCGUCAGGCGCUGGACGAGUGA